CCCAGUAGGAAGACGUGACAUGGAUAUUAUCAAAUUUGUUUUCUCGUUUUUCAGUAAUCUUAAGUGAAUCUGUAUAUUUCAUGCCCGAAAAUGAGUAAAAGAAACCGAACUCCAUUCACUUUGAAAUGUAAAGCCAAGGAAGCCCCAGCAUUAAAGAAGUAUCGAGCUGAUGUUCUGAAUUUUUCAAAGUCGACUGACGAUCCAGAAAAACAUAAUGCGUUUCUAAAGAAGGAUACGACAUUUUCAAGAAAACAAAAAAGAAAAGAAGAAAGAAAGCUUAAAAAAGCUCGAAGACACGCAUUCAGAUGUGGAAAACAGCUGCCAACCAUGCAAACUUGGAUGGAGAAGAAAGAAAAUACUUCAAAAUUCAACACAAAGAAGAAACCUUUGGAAAAAUUAAAAGAAAAGAAGAAGAAGCAGAGAGCCAAAUCAAAAGAAUUAAAAAAGCAUAAAGAAAAAGAUGAGAGAGACAACAGAAAAGAACAGCUGUUGGAUGACAACAGAAAGGAAGAUAGAAUGUUGAAACAGCUGGAGAAGAACCUUCGACUCAACAAGAGGAAGAGCAAGACUCUUCCCCAGGCGUUUGUCAAUGAUGGACUGGACUUUCUGUUGGAUGUACUGGACAAACCUUCUGAAGAACUGGAAAAUCUGGAUGAUGAGGAGUAUGCCAGUGAUGAAGAUACAGAAAAAAGAAAGAGAGGCAAAAACAAGACAGAUUCAGAUGAGGAAAUGGAAGAUGAAGAAGAGUAUAAUGAUGAUGAGAGUGAUGAAGACAGUGAGGAGGGAGAAGACUUUGAAUUUAGUGAUGAAGAUAUUGAAUCAGAUGUUGAAGAACAGCAUCCAAAAAUUGAUGUUAUAUCGGACAAAUCCAGCAAUUUGAAAUCAAUUCUUUCUAAAGCAAUCAGUGAAAUUAAAGCUGAAAAGAAACAAGUGACAUUUGAUAAAGUUACUGACAAAGGCAAGAAAAAAGACAAAGAAAGUAAGGAAUCAAAGAAAGUGAAGACGAAAGUGAAAAUUGAAGAGGAUAAAAUUGAUGUCAGUGAAGAAGAUGAAGAUAUGGAUGAACAUGUGGAUGAUGAUGAUUCAUUUGAAGAGGAGGAUGAAAAUGCUGACAUGUAUGAAGAAGAUGAGGAUGAUGUUGAAGAAGAGGAGGAUAAUGAUGAUAAUGAAGAUGAUGAUGAUGUGGAUGAAGAGGAUGUUGAAGUGGAGGGAGGUGAUGAAAUUGAUGAUGAACUGAAUAAAGAGACAGAGUUUAAAGAAGACAUCUAUGGACGACUCAGAGACAAGGUGGGAAACAUUGUGAAAAGUUCAGGACAGACAGGGAAAUACAUACCUCCAGGGAAACGAGUUCAGAUCAGUGAUGAGAGGAAGAAAAUUCAGUUAGAGAGAUUACAGAAACAGCUAAAGGGACUAGUAAAUAGGGCAAGUGAGGCUAAUAUGUCCCAGAUUUGUGCUCAGAUAGAGGCUGUUUACCGUGGCAACAGCAGGGCAGAGGUCACCGAGGCUCUGUCGGCCAUUGUUAUUAAUGCCUGUGUGUCGGUUUCCAUGACACCAGAAAGGCUCGCCAUGGAGAUGAUGCUUCUCGUCACGGUCCUGCAUGGUAACAUUGGAACAGAAGUGGGAGCCAUGUUCCUUCAAACCUUGGCACAAAAAUACAAAUCAGUUCGUAACCAUGGAAACAGAUUGGAGGACAAAUCGCUGGACAAUGCUGUGAUGCUGUUUGCUUUCCUGUAUACUUUCAAGGUGAUUGAUAGUACACUGAUAUUUGGAAUCAUUGAUGAUUUGGUGAAGUCGUUUCAAGAGAAAGAUAUCCAAAUUAUACUUCUUCUUCUGAAAAAUGUGGGGUUCUACUUGAGAAAGGAUAACCCCAAUGGCCUGAAGGACACAAUCCUUGAGAUCCAGUCUGCAGCCCAGGCCCUUGGGGGUGGGGACCAGUCCUCUCAUGUCAAGUUCAUGCUGGAGACACUGAUGGCCAUCAAAAACAACAACAUGAGGAAGAUACCCAACUACGACCCAGAGCCACUGGAACAUCUGAAGAAGGUGGCCAGAGGAAUUCUGAGAGGAAGUACACUUGGAGAUGGUCAGUUACACAUCGGCCUGACUGACCUGAUGAACGCUGAGGAGAGAGGGAGGUGGUGGCUGGUGGGUUCAGCCUGGGAGGGCCCCACAGAGGAGAAACAACCCGCCCAUGGCACAGUUGAGAUGGAGUCUGUAGUGGGCGAGGUCAGCACUCAGCUGUUAGAGUUGGCACGGCGCCAGAGAAUGAACACCGACGUCAGGAAGAACAUCUUCUGUGUCAUCAUGUCUAGUCAGGAUUACAUUGAUGGCUUUGACAAGCUGUUGAGAUUAGGGUUAAAAAGCCAGCAGGAAAGGGAGAUAGUUCACAUCAUCGUAGACCUUUGUCUACAGGAGAAAAAGUACAACCCCUUCUACAUGCUGUUACUGCAGAAGUUUUGUCUCUAUCACAGAAGGUUUCAGAUGUCAACCCAGUUUCUGAUGUGGGACAAGUUCAAGGACAUGAAGAAGCUUUCCCAGGUCCAGAGGGAGCACCUCAGCACACUGUUAUCUCAGCUCCUCUCCUCCAAAGCCAUGUCUCUCUCCGUCCUCAAGGUGGUUGAGUUUGGUACAUUGGAUGUUCACAUGCUCCGAUUCCUGAAGCACCUGAUGCAGAGUGUUCUGUUGGAUUAUCCUGAAGACGUGACCAAAGCAGUGUUUGAGAGGAUUGCCCCUCUCACCAAACUACAGCAUUUACACGAAGGACUCAAGUUAUUUAUGCAGCAUUUCUUACUCAAGAAAAAAGCCAAAGAUGUGGCAGAUAAUCCGCUUUUAAAAGAACGAAUUGCUAUAGCAGACAAAAUUUUAUCAGCGAGUAAAUCUCGCUCUCAUUCUGAAUUUGAUGACUGAUUAUUUUUUUUUAGGAAAAUAAAAAAAUAAACAUACAUUUGUACAUGUAUAACCAUAUUCUUU